AGGUCCCCACCCCCUCUCUCUCAGGCCCGUAAUGAUAGAAAGCAAAGCUCGGCUUUUUAAUCCUCCUGCCGAGCUUUCUCGCGUCCGUUUCCGCUCCUCUUCGGCCCCCGCCAUCUUUCUCUCUCCUCUCAUUUCUCUUCCACUUUCGAUUCCUCCCAUGGCGGCGGCGGCGGCGGCGGCGUGCGAGGGUGGCGGCGGGGGAAAGUUCCGAAAACGCUUCUCCCGCCGGGCCCCCGUGACGCCCUACGACCGAUCCCCGGCUGCGGCCCGUGGUCUCCUUUGGGAACGCCACCCCCCUGUGGAGCCGGGGGGGAGCGGCUGGUUGCACAAGCUCGUCGAUCCCGCCUCCUGGAUCAUUGCCCGGAGAGCCUCCCGCCUUCUCCCCUCCAUCUUCCGCAAGCGCCUCGCUGAUCCCCCGGCAGCCCCAGAGGAAAACCAUCAAUCUAGACAAGAAGUUCCUGAGGUGCGAUCUACUAAUUCAUCAUCUGAAGCACAAGAACAAUGUGGCCUUGGUGGAGAGAACCCGAAAGAUAAUCAUGAUGCUGGUGGGGCUCAGCUAGAAAUAAAUCCGGAUGGUGGUGGGAUUUCUGAACUCGAACAGCUACUGAAUCAGAAAACAUUCACAAGUGUUGAGUUUGAGCGCCUGACCGAAUUAUUGCAUUCGCAAACUAUUGAACCGAGUACAUCACAACCAGCAGUCAAUCGUGAGAAUGAAGAAAAAGCAAAUGUUUCAGACCAAGGAAUUCACAACAAGGUGUCUACUGCUGAACCAAGUACAUCACAACCAGCAGACAAUCAUGACCAGAAGGAAAAGACAAAUGUUCCAGAGCAGGAAGCAAUAGCAUUUUUCAGAGUAUAUGGGAGUGUCAGAACUCCAGUCAGUUUGGUGAUUCCUAAGGAAACUGCUUCACCAGCAGAAAUUGCUAAAGCUUAUAUGGGUUCUAGGUCUUCAAAGGUAUCUCCUUCCACUCUAAGUCUGCGAAGCCAAAUAUUUCAGGGAGAUGCAGCUCCAUAUGCAAAAAAAUCAUUUGAUAUGGCAAUCGCACCAAGAUCUGUUGUUUGCUUUUCUGGAAUUCCUGAGCUUAUGGACAAUGGUUAUACUACCCCAAGACCUCAUGGCAGAUCAGCAAUAUACAGAAUGUCUCGUUCUCCAUAUUUCAAGGCUCAUCCAAUGACUAAAAUCAGGGGCGGCAGACCUGUGGAUGACUAUUCUGGUCCCUCAACAUCAUCUCAAUGGACAUCAGCAAACAUCUUGAGUACUGGCAGCAAAUUGGCACUAAAACGGGGGAGUUCAGUUUUAGAUAGCGAUGGAGGAUCUUUAGGUCUAAUCCGCAGGAUUCGUCAGAAAUCUAAUUUAAUGUCUCCAUCAAGAAACAUACACUCAUCACUUCCUGGAAAUCUUCUUCCAGCUCCCUCAUCCCCUCUUAGGAAAGGUGCCAAUCAAGGAUCAACAGCGUUAAGUCGGGAGCCUCUCCAUUUAGACGAACCAAAAUAUAGUGCAGCUGAAUUACAGGAUGCAGAAAAUGGAUAUAAUAGAAUUCCUUCAGCAAGUGUUGUUCCCAUUCUUCCCCAGUCCAGCGAGACAGCCAGGAAAAUACUUCAACAACUUGAUAAACUAGUGCCAUCACCCAAAGAGAAAUCUGAACUGAAAAUAAUCGACUGGGAUGAAAUGCCAUCUAAGUUGACACAAACCAUGUUACAUGAAUGGGAUCUCAAGAGUAUGGAGGAUAUAGAUUCAUCUAAGUUUCUGAAAGUGCAAGUCAGUGAUAAUUUGGAUGUUCCUAGCAGUUCCCAUCUGAAAAGCCUCAGAAGUUCCACUUCUCAAAAACAAGAGAGGGCUGGAGAGAAUGGCCCAUUAAAGCCUGCCGUUACAGGAACCCAAGUGACAUCUGAAGCUGUUGGUGCAAAAAAAUCUGUUAUAUAUGCUAUGGAUGCCAAACCUGGUAUGAGGUCUGCAGAUUUUGCCUUUUUGGUUACUGCUUCUGUCCCUUCACAAAAGAAACCAUCAUUCCAUAUGAGUGCUCCUGAGGAUUCUUUGGAUUUGGAUGAUCAUAAUUAUUAUUUUAAAGAUACCUCUGGUCUGGCUUCCACUGGAGAUGAUAAAUGUGAACUGAUAUCGGAGUGCAAGAAAGACCAUCCUGGUAAUUUGGAGAAGUCUCCAGGGUCCGCAUCCAAAAGCAUGCCUAGUUCUUCCUUGAUAUUGGACAAGAGAUCUGAGGCAAAAGCAUCUGACAGGCCUGUGAGUGAAAAAAAUGAUGCCUUUCUUUUUCCUUCUGCUUCUCUAUUCAAGACUUCUUCGCAGACACCUUCACCACCUAUGUCAACCACAUUGCUUGAGAGAUCAACUCCCCAAAAGGAAGGAGUUGCUGGUCCUACAUUUAAAUUUGUCUUUAAAGAGUCACAAUCUUCUACGAUCUCUUCAAUUAUUACUGCUGUUAGUAAUCCGGCAAGCCUGAACUUUGGUGUAAGCAACGGUGCUACAUCAACUCUUCCAGAUGGUUCAAAUUCAGAUAAAGAAGGUAAUCAGAAUGCUGGAGAUGUGUUCCAAUCAUUUGGAAACACUAUUUCCUCACAGUUGUCUAGUUCAACUAGACCAGCCCUGUUUGCUUUCGGAGAGUCUGCAACACCAACACUAAGCAAUGGUUCACUGUCUUUAGCCUCGAUUUCUGCUGCCCCAGCCAUGACAUUCUCUGAUAGUCCAGUGACCUCAGUUUUCUCCACCAGCAUAGUCACUAGCACCAGUUCUGGUAGUCCUAGUAUCUCAUCUGUAACCACUGUAUGUUCCAUGGUGCCAUCAUUCCAGCUUGGCUCUGGUGCCUCUACAGGUGCUUCCACCUUGGUUACACCAUGUCCAAACCAAUCUGAUUCUAAAGGUUUGGAAGGAAAGUCUAUUAAGGCAUCAUCUUUUGGCAUAAGCAGCUCCAUCACUCUUGAUUCAGCAGUUGCAUUCUCAAGCACAGGGAGCAACAAUUCUGCUUCAGCGACAUCAUCUGUAUUUUCAAGCAUGGGAACAAGUAGUAGUUCAUCCGUUUUGCAAGAGUCACGAUUAUUUUCAAGCACAACCAGUGGUUCCUUGGCUCUAUCGACAUCUUUGGUCUCUAUGGACAAUGGGUUUUUUCCAACCAUGGCUGCAGCACACUCUAGCAGUGAGAAGUUGUCCUAUGCUAAUAACAGUUAUCAGACUUCGGCUUCUGCUUUUGGUGCCACAGGUGGAUCCAAUUUUAACACCCAGGCAACUCAAUCUGGAAGUGGGGUUUCAAAUUUUUCACAAAGCUCCCCAAGUCAGUCUGAUUCCUUUACCUCCCAGCCCGGAUUUGGGCUGACUGGCUCUUCCUCUUCAAGUUCGGCUAGCUCACUAUUUGGGUCUGCAACUCCUGCUACCAAAUCUUUGGGUACAAGUUCGAUAUUUUCUUUUUCCACCAGUGUGAGUUCUUCCAGUUCGUCAAGCGGUGUGUUCUUUGCAUCAACAGCAUCUUUUGGUACAAGUUCUGGCUUCUCUUUUUCCUCUGGUACCAUUUCUUCUUCCAGCUCUGGUGGCAGCACUUCGUUUGCCCCAGUGACACCUUUUGGUUCAGCUUCUGGUUUCCCUUUCUCCACUGGUGCUGGUUCUUCCUCCGGUUCUGGCAGCAGCUCUUCCUUUGCAUCAACAGCUGCAAAUAUAUUCAAUUCCAGUUCUCAGCCAUCAACAUCGUCCAUUUUUGGUUCCACCUUUGGAUCCACCACACCCUUGCUAUCCUCAGGAUUUUCAUUUGGGUUGUCUGCCCGCUCUUCAGCUAGUUCUCCUUUUAGAUUUGACACAUCAUCUAGGCCAGCAUUCUCAUUCACUUCAGCUGGAACUGCAACAGCCACCUCUCCCUCGCCUUCUGGAGUACAAAAUCCAGCAGUCAGUUUCAGUUCAGGAUCUCCUGGAAAUGAUCGGAUGAAUGUUGAGGAUAGCAUGACUGAUGACACCAACCAGGCUUCUGCUCCUGUGGUUCCAACAUUUGGUCAACAAACAAAUUUAACUGCAACACCAAGUUUUAUGUUCUGUUCUCUAGCUGGUCCAUCUGGUGAGCCAUCAGUCUUUCAAAUUGGCAGCCAGCAGAAUAAUUCCAUUCUGCAGAACCCCUCUCCAUUUCAAGCGGCUGGCAAUGUAGAGUUUGCUGCUGGAAGAAGCUUUUCUUUGGGAAGUGGUGGCGGUGACAAGUCUGGCCGCAAGCUCGUGAGAGUCAGGCGAGACAAACAUAGGAAAAAGUAGGACGAGAAUUUCAGUGGAUGAUUCUUAGGUGCUCUGGCAGAUAUUGUAUUGAGAGGAAACUUGCUUUUAUUGCCAUUACACGGCCGAAUAUUUUGAAGGAAAGAGGUAAAAAUCAUCUGUUGUUUCCAUUGAUAGUGCUCCAUUUUCUGGUCCUGAGAAGCUGGUUAGCAGUUAGAUCUUAUGCAUUCUUUAUUUUUAUCCCUUAUUUGUUUUUUCUUGUUGCAUUUGGACUAAUAUUGUUGCAAUUUUGGUUUAGCUGUGGAUAAUAAUCAGGGAAUGUUUUUGCAUUUUGGUAUGGCCUCAAGGACUGGCACUCCAUGCUGCUGGUUUGGUUGUACUUGUAAAUUGUAACAUAGAUCUCUCUUUAUAUAACUGCUUGAAUGUAAGCUGGGUCAUAUUACUUAUAUGAUAUGUGGUUUUGUUUU